CUGUCUCUCUCUGUUUCUCUGCAAAAAGUAAGCGAAAGUGAUCGAGCGAGAGUAUUGAGUUCAACGAUUGAGCCAUUGAUUUUCUCUGCAACGAUUGAGCGAGUGAUUUUCUGGGUUCUCUCUCUGUAACGACUGUGUGAAAUUUUGGGUUCUGAAAUCAAGAAUGGCGUGGUCUGCUAUAAAGCGCAGACAAUUGGAGGAUGGUUUUGGUUCCUUUGAGUUUCAGUUUCAGACCCAGAAGAGGAUAAGGUCUUCUAGGGUUUCUGAGACCCAACGGAAUGUAGCCGUUGAGGAAAAGUCGACCGUUGGUCUUCCUCUGCGCAAGGGUUUGGCUUCGUCUGCUACAAAAAAUGCCGACCCAGAAUCAGAAGAUCUGGGUUUUGAUGAAAUCUGUCAGACCCAGAAGAGGAAGAGGUCUUCUAGGGUUUCUGAGACCCAACGGAAUGUAGCCGUUGAAGAAAAGUCGACUGUUGGUCUUCCUCUGCGCAAGGGUUUGGCUUCGUCUGGUACAAAAAAUGCCGACCCAGAAUCAGAAGAGUUGGGUUUCGAUGAAAUCUGUCAGACCCAGAAGAGGAAGAGGUCUUCUAGAGUUUCUGAGACCCAACGAAAUGUAGCCGUUGUGGAAAAGUCGACUGUUGGUCUUCCUCUGUGCAAGGGUUUGGCUUCGUCUGCUACAAAAAAUGCCAACCCAGAAUCAGAAGAGGGUUUUGAUGAAAUCUGUCAAACCCAGAAGAGGAAGAGGUCUUCUAGGGUUUCUGAGACCCAACGGAAGGAAAAGCCGACUGUUGGUCUUCCUCUGCGCCAAGUCAAAGGUUUGGCUUCGUCUGCUUCAAAAGAGACGUUGGAUUGUUCUAAAGUCUUGGAUUCUCUGAUGAACCUCGGCCAUGCGGGCUACUUCAACAAGCCUGUUGUUGAUCCUGUGGCUGAGAAUUUGCCGGGUUAUUUCGACGAAAUCUGGAGGCCGAUGGAUUUGGGUACUGUGAAAUCGAAAUUGGAUAGGGGUGUCUACUCCAGCGCUGAUGGCUUUGCUGCUGAUGUCAGGCUUAUCUUCUCAAAUGCUUUCAGAUAUUUCCCCCUUGGUAGUAGAAAUCGUGCAGCAGCGAAGCAUCUCAGUGGGGUUUUUGAGACCCAAUGGAAAGAAGCGGAGGAGAAAAUGUCAAAGACCGCUUGUCCUCCUCCUACUCCUCCUCUGCCCAAACGGAGACCAAAUGGCAAGAGCUCUUCUGCUUGUAGGGUUCUUAUACAAAGUCAAGGGGUUGUUGGGGUUUCUGAUUCUCACUCAGUUAAGUCAACCAAAGAUGACGACUUGGGCACCCUUGUUCAUCAAGCCAUGUAUCAGGCCACAGACAAUACCCUUGUUCAUCAAGCCAUGUAUCAGGCCACAGACAAUCUUUCUCCAUGUAAGGCUAGGCGAAUUCAGUCGCUCAAGAUGCGAUUUUCAGGUACAAUACGAAAAGCAAACAAGAUACUUAAGGGUCUACCUGAUUCUCCACCAAGGAGAAAAUUGAUGCAUCGGAUGGAUCAAAGGGAAUUGGCUCGCCGUGCCGUUUUGAACAUGGAGAAGUCAGUCCAAUUUGAGGACCCUUUAAAGGAUCUCAAACAACUUGAGAUUCUGUGUGGCUGUGGCAGUGAAAAGGUCUACCUUGGAUUGCCCCUUAAGCAUUUGGGUUUAUACCUCAAAGAAGAUGACGAGUUACAGGGUCAGGACGAGGAGGCUUUUCUGAAUGGAGAUCGGGAGGAAGGCGAGAUCUGCUGGCAGGAAAGCGAUUGGGAGGAAGGUGAGAUCCGCUCAUGAAGUACAGAUUUGGAAUAUAACCCACUGCUCGACAAGAUAGAUGACUAAGAAUCUUGUUAUUAUGGAAUCUCUUUUUUGUAUGAUUGCUAUUUGAUGGCUAAUGCAACUGAGAGCGAAUGGUUUGGGCACCAGGGACAAAAGUAUGGAAGUUUGCAAUAAAACUGAAAUCAAAUUACACGGAAGCUUAUCAAGAACUUGGAGACAAUCUCCCAUCUUCGCAGGUGCAUCAGCAGCAGCCUUUCUUUCCCUAUGAACAUAAACCAUAGAGCAAUUCCAAACUCCUGCUAAUCAGGUUUCUGCAUCUUUAAGUUUGUUUUGAUUUAUUAAAGGAAUGAAAUGAUGAAUAAGUGUUUCGCAUCUGUACAAAUAAAAUGAUUUCUUGUAUAAGCUGUUCGGUUGAAAAGGUUGUUGCUAUGGAGUGUGCCCCACUCGUCUAAUCCCAACAUUGGCAUUUGCUUCAGUAACCCUGAUAAUCAGGUACCCCAUCUCCAUUUCACCUCUAAAUUUAUGCUUUAAAGAUGAAUGACAUUUCAUGCAACAAUUUACAGAGCUGCUACUGUUUAGGAAAUCUAUGCUACCAAUUUGUGUUUGUUGGUUUCAUCUUGUCAGGUGUUUAUGCCUUGUUUAGGAAAUCUAGGUAAAUAAAAUUUGUGUUUUUUAAUACAGACGUUGUGCCUUGUAGAGUUUUCAGUUUGCUGUUCCCAGCACUUAUCCAAAUUUCAUAUUACGUUUGAGCUAGUAUAGAAGCUUGGGAUUGCUCCUUAUAAUGGUUUUUUCUUUCAAUUUCUUUUGGCUUGGUCGCUGGUACAGUUUGCAGUUUGCACUGCUGUUGGAGUUGUGUUGCCUUCAUCAUCCCUUCAAUAAGGGUUAUAUCAUGGCUAUUUCAGGUGAAAAUGUUAAAGAUUGUGUAUUAGUAUUUGUUUUUGUUAAAUUGAAAAGGAAAAUGGAGUGUGAAAAUUCCAUUACUGAUGGAAUGGUAAUGAUGCAAGACAGAAUCAUUGUUUUUGUGUUGCCUUCAUAGUCAUUGCUUUCUGUGCUAGUUUUUCUUUUUAAUUUUUGGUUUACUAAAGAAUGGUAAUGAGGCAAGACAGUGUAUUUAGCAUCUUGAGCAACAAAUUAUUCCUUGUUAAAGAAUGUGUCUGCAUCUUUUUGUUGGUUUUGAUUUAAUAACGAUUUCUUGUCAAAGAUGUUCAUUUGCAAAGGUUAUUGGCUGGUCAGUUCCUGUCCCCCCAUGUAGUGUUUGUCCCCCCCGUCUAAUCCCAGCAUUGGCAUUUGCAUUAGUAACUCUGAUAAUCAGUUUCCAGUUUGCAUUGCUGUUGGAGUUGUGUUGCCUUCAUCGUCGCUUCAAUAAGGGUUAUAUCAUGGCUAUUUCAGGUAAAAAUGAUAAAGAUUUUGUAUUAGUAUUUGUUUUUGUUAAAUUUAUAAGGAAAAUGGAGUGUAAAAAUUCCAUUACUGAUUGUUCUAAUAGGUUUUCUUGUGACCUUCCAUAUAGUAAAUGAUUUGUUAUCUUUGGUUUAGGAUUAGGCUUGUUAUGCACAAGGACUCAUUCCUCCUUAUCAAACAAAUCACAGUUUAACACCUGUCCACUUAUCUUUCCUUCUUCUGUUUUCCCUUUUUUUUUUCUUUUUCUCAAGAAGCCAUUCCUCCAUGGUCAAGUGUCAACUCAAAAUUGUGAUUUGUUUUUAUAGCAUAAGAACCAAAACUUGUUCUUAAAAAACUGUUACUUUCUAUUACAAAAUUUAUCUCAAUCAUUUCUAAAAAUGCUAUAAAAAGGUUUGUGCUGUGAUAUUUUUGUAAUAGCUUCUAUAGUGAUGUCUUGGAUGCUAUAAUCCAUUUUUUUCUUCUUUUUUUUUUUUUUUUUUCCUUCAAAUACUUCCAAUUUGGCUUAGAGGGAUCCAUACAUGCCGCUCAAAGACGAUGAGGUCUCUGAGCAUGUGCAUGGGAGGUCAUGAUAAAUUAGAGGUCUUGGCUAUAGACCAUGGGUUAGUUAGUACUUUUGGGAUGCUGGGAAGAACAUCACGUGGAGAUAGAGGAGCUAUUGGCUUAGAUUCAGAUUUUAAGAUCAACAGGAAUGGCUGAGAAGGUUGGAGGUGGUUAUCCCUAGCUUUCUUACCUCAAAUGGUUAUUUAGUCUCAUCUUUAUUUAUAGCCAAAUUAUUCUUAAAAGUUUUGUUUAUCUUUCAUUUCUGAGGUUCACACAUUAUUACUUGGAAGAACCAUUAAUUAGGAAGCUUCACUGAGAACUUGGGUUGAUGAACAAGCGAGGUUAUAAUAUUUAAAGUAUCCUAUCUGCAUCUGAUGAGAUCUUGAGGUAGUUUAAGCAUUAUAUAUAGAUUAGAAUGCCCAGCAAGCAGCAGUGAAUUUUUAUUUAAGUUGCCGUUUCUGGUAAAUGAAAUUGUAUACAGCUCUGGUUAGAUUUUAUUUAGUAUUGUAUUAUUUCACCCUUUCAAACGUUUUCUGUCAAUGUCCAUGAGCACAAAUUUAAGUCCACUGAAAUUUUCUUUUAUUAUCAUCAAUGACUGAAAAUCAAAUCAAUGGAAACCUUAGAAGUUCCACGUUUUAAACAAUUGCCAGAGCUGAUGAGGGCACUCCAAACAAAAAAUAAAAAAAAUAAAAAUUGGAAACCAUUUUUAUUUGGACAUGUUAAACAGGAUCUAUGGUUCUGAUCAUUUACAAAAAAACGUGUACUUUCUGAUGUGACUAAGCACUGCAGUGGAGAAGAGUUCCUAAUGGGGAACAGAAGGAGUUUCUGUUUCUGUUUGGUCUGUAAUUAUACUUUCCCUUGCUCUAUAGUUUCUAACUGUUUGAUUUUUCCAAGUGUUUAUGUGUAUCAGAAUAGAAUAAUUUUUCCAAGUGUUUAUGUGUAUCAGAAUAGAAUAAGUAGUAAGGUUGGCUUGCCACACCAUAAAUUUGACUUGUUUUGCCCUUCUACAGUUUAAAAACUUGUACAUAAGGGCCCAUUUGAGAACCAUUUUAAUUUUAGUUUUUAGUUUUUAGUUUUCAUUUUUUGUGCUAGAGUAUAUAGGAAGAUGAGAGUGAGAAUAAGAGUGAGCAUGAGAUUGAGAGAGAGAAUAAGUUAUAAUUUUUAAAGUAUACUAUCUACUUUUUAUGAGAUCUUGAGGUAGUGUGAGCGUUGUGUAUGGAUUAGAAUAGAAUGCCCAGCAAGAAGCAGUGGUUUUUUAUUAUUUAUUUUUAAGUUGCCGUAUCUGGUAAAUAAAAUUGUGUAGAGCUCUGGUUAGAGUUUAUUUGGUAUUGUAUUUCUUCACCCCAAAAACAUGGCUUUGUAUUUUAGCACUGCAUUAAAUGUAUUUUAAAUAUUCAGACCCUUUAGUGGGCUGGAAUAUGUUUUGUA